AUGGUCUCCGACCAGUCUCCCAGCAUUACCGCGGUGUCAUGGGUCUUUGGUGGGCUGUCCGUCCUGAUGGUCGGCGUCCGACUGUACACCAGAGUCCUUGUGACUCGACAGCGGGGAUGGGAUGACUUUUGGAUUGCAUUGGCCCUGGCAAACGCACUCGUCUGCUCGGCCCUGGUAGAAGUCGGCAUACACUACGGCCUAGGAAAACAUACAAACGACAUUCCCGAUGCGGAGGACCGAAUCCAGGCUGCAAAGUACACCGUGAUUGCGCCCAACUUCUCAAUUGCCAGCACGACGACGGGAAAGCUCUCCGUCGCAGUCUUUCUCCUCCGCCUCAUGGGACCGUCUGCCACCACCGCCCAGCGCUGGUCGCUUUACAUCCUCACCGUGAUCUCAAUAAUACUCAACACCCUCGCGGUCAUAGCUGUGGCCGGGUUCUGUCGGCCAGCCGAGAAGAUCUGGAGGCCCUCGGUGCACGGGUCCUGCUUUCCACCCAUGUACCAGCUUAUACUCGGGACGACGCAGGCAGCAUUCAAUGGCGUUGCUGAUCUCUUUUUGGCUAUUUUUCCCAUUUGGAUUUUUUACAAGGUGCAGCUUCUGCUGGCCAAGAAGAUCGGUAUCUUGGUUAUUCUAGGCGCGGGUAUAUUUGCGGCAGCAGCGACGUUUGUCAAGUGCGUCCUGCUCAAGAACCUCCCCGAACACGCAGACAUAACCUGGUCUUGGGCGCCUAUCACCACAUGGUAUACAAUCGAGAUGUACGUGAUAAUAAUGUGCGCAACGCUCCCGACCCUCCCACAAGCCUACACAUCCAUCCUCCGCAAACGCAGCACAUACUACAACACAUCUCACGAGCGCUCCGCCAAGUCGGGUGGAUCAAAAAACACACCCAUCCGCCUGCAACCCAUCGAUCCCGAUGCCUCCCUCUUCGAAACCGUUGCCGAGCCCCGCCGAUCGCAAAAUUCGGGCUCGAGCCGUGAAAAUAUCCUCGACCAUAAGAAGCUAGACAUCAAGAAGACAACGGAGGUUCGUGUGACGCAGGAGAGGAGACGGGCCGAUGGGGAUCAAGAGGGGGAUCGGUAUUUCCCGCGCCAGAAUCCGUUUCGGCCCAAGAGGGUAGAUGCCGGGUUUAGGGGGAGUACUUAAUGCCCUCCAGUGUUCUUCUCAGAGGGGUUUGGGUUGUAUUUUGGCGCACCCUAAGGUCAGGCCAAAUAUCUAUGUAUCAGC